AUGGAUGUGGCCAAUAAGUCUACUGUGUCUGAGUUUGUUUUGCUGGGGCUCUCUAACUCCUGGGAGCUACAGAUGUUUUUCUUCACGGUGUUUUCUUUGUUUUAUGUGGCAGCAAUGGUGGGCAACAGCCUCAUAGUCAUCACAGUCAUAGCUGACACUCACCUACACUCUCCUAUGUAUUUCCUGCUCACCAACCUCUCCAUCAUCGAUAUGUCUCUUGCUUCCUUUGCAACCCCCAAGAUGAUUACAGACUACCUAACUGGUCACAAAGCCAUCUCUUUUGAUGGCUGCAUCACCCAGAUAUUCUUUCUACACCUUUUCACUGGUACGGAGAUUAUUUUACUCAUGGCUAUGUCCUUUGAUAGGUAUAUUGCAAUAUGUAAGCCCCUCCAAUAUGCUUCAAUCAUUAGUCCCCGAGUAUGUGUUGCUCUUGUGGUAGCUUCCUGGGUUGUGGGAAUCAUGCAUUCAAUGAGCCAGGUCAUAUUUGCACUCACUUUAUCAUUCUGUGGUUCCAAUAAAGUAGACAGCUUUUUCUGUGACCUUCCUGUGGUGUUUCAGCUGGCUUGUGUGGAUACUUAUGUUCUGGGCCUCUUUAUGAUCUCCACAAGUGGCAUAAUUGCUUUGUUCUGCUUUAUUCUUUUAGUCAAUUCAUAUGUUAUUGCCCUGGUUACUGUCAAGCAUCUUUCUUCCACAGGAUCAUCUAAGGCCCUUUCUACCUGCACAGCUCAUUUUAUUGUUGUCUUUCUGUUCUUUGGGCCAUGCAUGCUCAUCUACAUGUGGCCACUGAGCAGCUUUCUGGUAGACAAGAUCCUGUCUGUGUUUUAUACCAUUUUCACUCCCAUUCUGAACCCAGUAAUCUAUACUUUGAGGAAUCAAGAAGUAAAGACAGCUAUAAGGAAACUAAAAAAUAAGUUUCUAAAUUCUAACAAGGCAACUCCUUCUCAUUAUUUUUAG